AUGGCCGCUCCUACUGCUGCUGCUCUCCUUGCUGGUUUAAACGUUAUUCCAGGACCUCCAGAGCCUGCACCACCUCCUAUCCAAAUCCAUUUUUGGUUAGAAGGAAUGAUAGGAGAUUGGCUGGAUUUUCAAGAAAUAAUUGGAUGGGCAGAGGCAACACAAACUGUACCUGCAACUGCUGGUGCUGGAGCAACUCUCGCUACUGGAUUCGCAUGGGCAAACUAUCCGAAUACUACUGCAAAAGUACCUGAAGCGACUGGGAAACUUGCUUUAGCAUUGGAUCAUGCUGUUAAAAUGCAUGCAAAGCAGUAUGGUUUACAUACAGGAGAACAGCCAGAUGGGAAUACUGAGAAAAUCCAAGAGUAUCAAAGGUUGAUGGCUACACGACGGCAAAUACAGGCUCAAUUAACCGUACCUCCUUUGGUUCUAGGGCCAGCCGUACCUGCAGCACCGGUGAAUGUCCUCCCAAACGGACCUGUUGCACCUAAUCGGCGGUCAUUUCUUCGACUUGAACCACACGAUAAUGGAUAUAUUCUUUGGCAAAUGGCUAUUCGAUCAUUUUUUAUGGAACUUGCUAUAGAUGCAACAACAGAUAUUGGUGCUAAUCAAGCUGAUGUUAAUAAUCUUCGUGAUGCAUCUCAAUAUUGGACGAGGGAGCUUUGA